CCUGCUUGGACCACACUUCAUCACACAUGUCACGACAGUUCGGACCUAGAAGUGUAAGAUCGUAUCAGAAUUUACAUAACCGAUCUGCAUUGCUCGGUGAUACAUCACGGACAUGGACCCCGAGUCCUUCAUCACACAUGUUCAACAGCGCAUCCACACCUGGUUCAUCACCCGAACGAUCCUAUAAAGUCAAAAUGGACGAUGGUGAUCUCGAGCAUUUGGAAAGUCAGAGCGAUGAACGUAUAACGGGAUUAUCUGCCAAAGUCAAGCUGUUGAAAACGAUCACAGGGAAAAUUGGAGACGAGAUCAAACAUGGCAACAGUAUUAUUGAUACUAUGAAUGAUCAAUUUUCAAAUACGGGAGGGAUUCUGGGCAAAACCAUGCGAAACUUCAAAGUGAUGGCCGAGAAAGAAUCCGGAGCGACCAUGUGUUAUCUCAUGUUUUUUGUCAUUGUCAUGGUGAUUCUUCUGUAUUACUGGUUCUUUAGGUAACCUGAGAUGCCUCGGCCCCAAUGAUGCAAAAAUAGACUUUCUCUUAUCCUUGUAUGAUUCGAUACCAAAUUUCUCAACCUUUCCCCCCUCUCCCCCAAUACCUGAUCAUCCGUUCAAGAUAUAAUACACG